AUGUCAGAUGUGACUGAGACACCUGAUCUGUCCGCCCAACUCGCUGCUCUUACUGCCCAGAUGAAUGAAGAACGCGAGAAAAUGAGGAGGCUCAAAGCUGAGAAUGCUGACCUGCUCGUGCAAAUAAAGGCCAUAUCCUCUCAAGCCACCGAGGUUCAGCCAUCCCGCUUUCGAGGCUCAAUUAGCCCUAUGCAACCUUUGGGUGACCUCACCCUUAUCUCUAACAAUGAUGGACCGAGUCAGACAGUUCCAUCACCCUCGAUAAGGAAUUAUCAAAUUCCACCCACCAUGUGUAACAUGCAGAAUUCUAUUGUCAAUACAGGUGAACAGUUGACUGACACUUUUGUUGAGCUGUUUGCUAGUAGCAGAAAACUUGAAAAGUCUGCAGAAGACCUCUACAUCAUAGAGGAUGAAGCUAACUAUUAUCACUCUUCUCCAAGGAAAGACACUCGAAGAGACUCAAGGGUAGACAGACGGCAGAGUGACAGACAAUCCGAGCCAUACCCAUAUCCUAGUAAAUCAAAGAACAGAAGGAGGGAGUACAACCUGUCGUCCAAGACGCGUCUCCAAGAUGGAUCAAAGAUACCAGAAUACAAUCUUUCAAUCUCACCAGUCGAAGUCAUUGGCGUACUGAAAGGACUCGGAGACAAAGUGAAAUGGCCAGAAAGGAUGAGGACUCCAUCUGACCAGCGAGACAAAACAAAAUGGUGUGAAUUCCACAAUGACCAUGGUCACCGAACGGGUGAGUGCAUUGCCUUAAGACUCGAAGUAUCCAACCUAUUAAGAUGUGGUCACCAGACUAACUUGCUCACAGACAAAGGAAAACGAACAUUCCAGCAGGAGGCAGACAGGUCAAUCGUCCGAAGAGAAGUAACCCCGCCGAAGCCACCUACUCAUGAACGGACAGUGAACGUAAUAACUAGUGGCUCUGAGGUAAGCGGAGUCACCCAUUCAGUAGCCAAAAGACAUGCCAGGCAGACCAACUGGAUCAAAGGAGAGUCCAGCAGGACAGAGAAGAAUACCAUCAACCUACCAGCUCAAACCAUCAGUUUCUCAACAACAGAGUCAACCAGACUCCUUAAACUGCAUCAUGAUGCUCUUGUUAUUGCACUUUACAUUGCUAACUGUCUUACUAAACGUAUACUUAUUGAUAAUGGCAAUUCAGCUAACAUUUUGUUUUUAAGUGCUCUCGGGGAAAAGGAAAUAAAUGAAUCAAAGAUCAUAAAGAAGACUACAAUCCUCAUCGGUUUCAGUGGAGAGCAAAAGAACACACUAGGAGAGAUCGAGCUACUUGUCUAUGCUAAAGGAGUCAAUCUGUGCACAAGAUUCCUGGUAGUAGACUCUCCAUCUGCUUACAAUGUGAUACUAGGUCGAGCAUGGAUACAUGAAAUAGCGGCAGUCCCUUCAACAUACCAUCAAGUUCUAAGGUUCCCAACUAAAUGGGGAGUAAAAGAAAUCAAAGGUCAGCAGAAGGACUCAAGAGCAUGUUACCAGACUACCAUGAAGGCCAAACCCACUCAAUUAUAG